GGGGGCAGCGAGAUAGGGUCAACCGACCAGAUGAUGCGUCUAUGCCAGCAAUCCUUUACGCUAUAAACUCCAAAAUGGAAUUCACAUUUACUAUCGCAAAAUCUCUACGAUCGGUGCAAGAGAAGAAAUAUGUGCAGCAUUAUUGUGUGCAUGCACGCUUGUGUGGUUUUCAGCCCAUUCUCCCUCCUGUGCGUGUGACCAGGUCCCAGUCAAUAAUGCAGGGAGCUUAAGAGGAACUCUUAAGGCCGGCAGUUACAUUUUUGACUCCACCAGCUAAAGCUGUUGCUGCUGCAUCAACGACUGCAUUGGUGAUGAGCGGGUAACCGGAGCGCACCUCUGAGUCGCCCCGUGGAAUCGGCCUGAUCAAAUGUCUGAGGAAGAGAGGCCUGAGGGGGAGAUAGAAAGAUGGAGUCUCUGCGGAUUUAGAGGCAAAAACAUAGACUGUAACGGUUCGUGGUGAAUGGGUGCAGACAUGUCUUCAGCGCGUUUGCCCGAUCCACCGUCUCGUGUCUUGGUUUCGGCUGCUCUUGGGACUGUGUGUGCUUCUUCCAGUGGAGGAGGAAGUGACAGGAGAGGUUGACAGGUGCGAACGAGGAGAAAAGGAAGGGAGGCAAAGUGGAAGAGCGGAGUAAAAGAGAGGGGCCCCAAACCGUGCAGCAAGCUGAGUUUCUGCCUUGGACUGGACUCUAAGCCCCGCAGCGUGUCCCGGACUCAAUGGUCCAGAGAGGCCAAAGGUCCACUCCGCCGUGCCUCUCCUCAGUGGCUCCUCCUAGGAGAGAUAAUACGCUCUCGAACCUCUCCGGGAUCCAGCUUCCGCUCUGCCCGAAGCCCCGCAGAGCUCUGCAGGACUCGACCCCGACUGCGGCCAGUUCAGCGGGACCUUCAACCAGAAGACAGGAUUACUAACAGGAAACUCUUAUGAAGGUAAAAUAAAGCAAAAGCUACUAUGGAGAAUCACAUCACGCAGAUUUCCAGAGAUGAUCUGGACGAUCUGAGGGACGCCUUCAAUAAAAUUGAUGUUGAUAACAGCGGCUUCGUGAGCGACUUUGAGCUGCAGGAGCUGUUCAGAGAGGCGAGCUUCAGCAUACCGGGCUACAAAGUGCGAGAGAUUGUCGAGAUCUUCAUCGCUGGAGACACCAACAAGGACGAGAAGAUCAGCUUUGAGGAAUUUGUUUCUAUCUUUCAAGAACUUAAAAGCAAGGAGCUCAGUGAGACCUUUAGGAAAAGUGUCAAGAGGAGAGAUGGGAUCCGUUCUUUCGGAGGAACAUCAGGAAACUCCAGCGAGGGAACGCAGCACUCCUACUCUGAUGAGGAGAAGGUGGCAUUUGUCAACUGGAUCAACAAAGCCCUGGCAAAAGACAAGGACUGCCAACACCUGCUGCCCAUGAACCCCGACGACGAAAGUCUCUUCACCUCUGUGCGCGAUGGCAUCCUCUUAUGCAAAAUGAUCAACCAUUCUCAGCCUGACACGAUUGACGAAAGAGUCAUCAACACUAAGAAACUUGCCACUUUCACAAUGACGGAGAAUCUGGUUUUGGCUCUGAACUCAGCUUCGGCCAUCGGUUGCACGGUGGUGAGUAUCGACGCCCAUGAUCUGAUGGCUGGGAAACCCCAUCUGGUCCUUGGCCUGCUCUGGCAGGUUAUCAAGGUCGGCCUCUUUGCCGAUAUAGAAAUGAAGAACGAAGGUCUGAUUGGCCUUCUGACGGAUGAGGAGAAUAUGGACGAGCUGAUGUCUCUCUCCCCUGAGGAGCUGCUGCUCCGCUGGGUCAACCGCCAUCUACGCAACGCAGGGACGAACACCAUCAGCAACUUCAGCGAAGAUAUUAAGGACUCGCGAGCAUACUUCCACCUGCUGGAACAGAUCGCUCUCCAAGAAAAGCAAGAACACAAAUUGAGAGUAAAGAUUGACAUGAGCGGCCUUAGUGUGCGGGAUUUGGACCAAAGGGCCGAGCUGAUGCUGCAGCAGGCGGCCCGCCUGGACUGUAGACAGUUUGUGUCUCCUCAUGACGUCACAUCUGGGAACAGCAAACUCAACAUGGCUUUUGUGGCCAACCUGUACAACAUGCAUCAUGGUGCUCUGAAGCAGAUCAAUGGCGGCAGCAGCAUAGGAACCAUAGAGCCUGAAACCAAUGAAGAGAAAACAUUUAGAAACUGGAUGAACUCUCUGGGCGUCUCUCCACAUGUCAACCACCUGUACUGGGACCUGUGUGAUGGUUUGAUCAUCAUGCAGCUUUAUGAGAAGGUCAAUGUGCCUGUGGACUGGAAGAAAGUCAACAACCCACCGUAUCCUGUUCUGGGGGCCAAUAUGAAGAAGCUGGAGAACUGCAAUUAUGCAGUGAAGCUGGGCAGGGACGUAGCUCACUUCUCUCUCGUCGGCAUCGGAGGGGAAAACCUGAACGAGGGGAGCCGAAUGCACACCCUGGCGCUGGUCUGGCAGCUGAUGAGGAGGUACACCGUGUCGGUUCUGUCCGAUCAGGGUCAAGGCGGCGAGAAAGUCGAAGAUCAGGUCAUCCUUGACUGGGUCAACAAAACCUUGAGCCAAAAACGGAAGGACACACAGAUUAGCAGCUUCAAGGACAAACUGAUCAGCACCAGUCUGCCGGUGAUUGACCUGAUUGACGCCAUCGCCCCCGGUACCGUCAAGUGGGACAUGGUGAAGAGGGCACAGAGGGGAGUGCUGAAGGAAGCCGAUAAACUGAACAACGCAAAGUACGCGAUCUCACUGGCCCGUAAGAUCGGUGCCCGUGUCUACGCGCAGCCGGAGGAUUUGGUGAAAGUGAACCCCAAGAUGGUGAUGACGCUGUUUGCCUCCCUCAUGGGCCACGGUUUGAAAAAGGCCAGGCGCUGAAACAGACGGGGCCGAGCCACCUGGAGACCAACAACCCGCACACAUUUUAUUUCUGUGGUCUUUUUCUUUUCCUUUCCCCACAUGAUUUUCUCAUCUAAACUUUCUGUGAUCAGAGCAAGACGCUGUGUUAUUCUCAGUUUCUCUUUGCGAACAACGAGCUUACCUAAAGUUGGAAAUAAUUGUUCAUCAGCAUUUGCAUUUGUUUGUUGUCUGUAAUCUUAUAGAACAAGCUCUGAAUACUUCUUUCUGUAACAUAUUUGAUGUUGAAUUAUUUCGUUUACUGCUAUGCAAAAAGAAAAGGAGAUACUGCAGAAGCAAAAAGUGGAAUCAUAUACACACUGUGUACCUGUAAAUGUUGUGCAUUGAAUAUUGCUAUUUAAUUAUUAAAGAUAAUCUAUUAAAUUUAAUGGACAACC